AUGGGUGUCGAGAAUCUCGAUGACGGCGUUAGGCUGGAGACUGCGUGGAAUGAAGCUCUCAACGGCUCCGUGUCAUACAUCCGCGCCCUCUUGUCAUCGUCUGGCUCGGCGGCAUGGAAGCUCGUUUCGGCGGCUCCAUCCACUCCACCGAGCCCUGUGCGUCCAUCGCUGAAUAACGGCGCACGGUUGUCGUCGCUUGGCAAGAUCACUGCCAACGAUGUCGUCGUCCACCGCCGCAAUGGCAAGGGAGGCGAGGUCUUCCGUGCUGUCGUCGAAGUGGACUGCGGCUCCGACAUCAACGUCGACACUUUUCGGGGGUCUCUUGCGACCCCCGAGACACGACCUGUCUGGGAUCGUAUGGUCGAAGAAUCCCAGCUGCUAGACCUUUUGGAUACGCACACCCGUAUCACAAAGACAAACUAUCGCCUUGGGUGGCCAUCGAGUCCGCGUGACGCCGUGACAAUAUCAAAGACACUUGUGGAUCAGCAUACCCUCAUUGACGUCUCCACCUCCCUCCCCCGCUCACGCCAUGAGCCCACCUACUUGCGACCAGCACCACCCUACGUCCGUGCCCAUGUUAAUCUCUUGGCAUGGUGCAUCCAGCUUCCCUCAGCGAGCACCGUGGAGCCGCCAUUGCCUGAAGGCAAAGCGCGGAUCACCUGUUUCUGGUCCUGGAACCCGAAGGGCACAUGGGCUGUGGGUGGCGCUGUGCCACAGCAUCUCCCCACAGUCUUGGUCGGGCUGAUCGACUACAUUCGUGAUGGCAGCGAAAAGGUCCCUGUCCUGCUUGACUAUGGACAAGACGUGAGCAUUUCGGGGGUCAGCUACGACCCCGGUCGCGUGACCUUGUCAGCCAACUAUGCGGUCAUCAAGAGCGACGAUGGCAACGAUGGCACAAGACGACAAAUCGAGUUUGGCCUCUCGUCCACUCAGGGGUGGGACGUGCAGCUUCACGUCAAGCCCCAGCAUGGGGAAGAAUCUCCGUCGAUGGGUUGGUCGUCCUUUGUGGGUCAGUCGCCACCUACCGUUCCCGGAUCGGCAGCUCCGAAGCGUCUUGUGCUUCGCUUCGUCCACUCGGAGCUGUGCCCCGACGAGGAGCUGGUUCGCAUCAAGGUAUCGAUCGAGCAGACCUCCACAUCAAAUACCACCACCGGUCGUGUCCGCAUCAACGGCCACCCCGUUCCAGUGCAGCAAAUGAACGUGGAACCAUUGAAAAACCUCCUUGGAGGGUCACCGAGCACCAGCGCAAUGUCCCUUCCGACUGUCGAUACUGCCGAGAGCUCAAGAGCGGGUUCCCCAGAAGGAUCGAUGGUCAUCAAGGCUAAGAAAGGACGCAGUGCUGCGGCCGUGCGUAGUAUCUCGAGUUUGAUCAAGCGCAAUUACAUCUACUUUACUUCUCUGCUACAAGAACCGGAGCCCAAAUGGAGGCCAGUUGCCGAGUCUAGGGGCGUCUCUGUGCACCAGCUGGACUCUAUCGACAGGACUCUGGUCGUGUUCCGGGCUGAGGCAGUGUUUGUGGGUGUGGGUGUCUGGGACUUGUUCUCGACCAUCAUCACCCCUGGAACUCGGGUCGUGUGGGACAAGUCGUACGAGGAUGCGACCCUCCUCGAGGACGUCAACGAGUUGACAGACGUUUGGCACUUCAAGUCCAAAGCCUCGUGGCCCGUCUCAGCGCGCGACUCGGUGCUCGUUCGCACGACAUAUAAGUCGCCCUCGUCCGUACACAUCUUUGGUUUCUCGACUGAGAACACUGAGCUCUUCCCUUGCAUCCCGCCUUGCCUUGACCCAAAUGUCAUUCGCACCCAGAUCGACCUCCAGGGAUGGUCUAUUGAGGCCCUCUCGCCUAACACCACGCAGGUCACUCUGCUCGAGCAGAGUCACCCGGGCGGAUGGUCCAACAAGUCUUCGAUCCCGCAGGUCAUGAUGUCCACUCUGGCAGGACUGGGCGAGUUCGCCAUCAAGCACGGUGCCCCUCCCGUUACAACCCGCCUGGGUGGUGCUAAGGCUAUUUCGUCGCGCUACGAUGUGGAGAAGGAGUCGUUCCAGUUCAAGUACGAGGCCGCCGAGCAGAGGAGGUCAAACUCGUCGAGCACUGCGACUGCGUUCCCUCCAACUAGCUACUCCAAGCUCGUCAAGGAUGACGAUGUGGAAACCAUUAGUGACAAGUCGACAAACUCUGGUACCUUGACUGGCAACAUGGAGUGUGGAAUCCGAGUCGACGCCGACAAGUGGUGCAACAGCAUCAUCGUUGUUGUGGAUCCGCCUCCCAAGAACAUGUCGGCGCUGAAGCGCCACAGGCUGUCGCCCAACGGUGGCGGCCUCUGGCUCACUAUUGAGCACGACCUCGCUUCCCUUGCAGGCGGGUCUGUUACUGUCACGGUUCGCCGCGGUACGCAAGCACCCGGUGGCAAAGCAAGUAUCACUGUCAACGGUGCCAAGCUCAAGGUCGACAACGAGGAUCUCUCCGAGACCGAUGUUCAGCACCUCAAGAAGCAAAAGCGUUCCAAGCCGUCUCGUGUCGCUCUCGACCAGCCCCCCGCUCUUGGUGUGGUGCGCAAGCGCCAGAGCAACCUGUCACUGCGCAGUACUGCCCAGAACGGUAUUUUCGAUCCGUAUGCGACCAUCACCCAGGCCACAGCCUUCACUAAGCUGUACAUGCCGAUUUCUCGGUUCUACACACAGGCCGCCGAGUCGACUCGUGCGGCCCUCGUGCCCAUUGGUGCCACUUCUGCUGUCCCGACAGCGGGCAGCACACCGGUGGAUGCUGCAGUACGAGCCUUGGGCCAGCUGACGCGUAUUCACGCCGACCGGGAUGGCGAGUCGACAGACCCAUUCGGGUGGCAGCCGGUGGCAGACCGUGACGGCCUCAAGGUCGAGAAGCGGAUCGUCGCCCACGUCUCGGACAGCUUCCCUGUCUUCCGUGCUGGCAGGAUUAUCGAGGGCUUUACAGCCGAGGAGGUGUCGGCGAGCGUGUCUGCAAUGCGCAAAGACGAAUACUUUGACAAGCCCGUUCGCCUGCAGGCAUACGGUCACGGCAUCACGACCUCACAUGUGACAGCGCACACGACGUUCAUGUUCCGCGACCGCAGCGCCAUCAUUGCGACUGCUGUGGGACGCGUCCCUGACACCCCACCACCUUCACCAUCCAUCGUGUCCCACCAGCCCCUGUCGACCAUCUUCCACGCCUCGUCGUCGGGCUUUGACCCCAUCACCCUCGGAAUGGACCCGGCCAAGUACAAUCCUACCGCCAUGCCGGCGUGUAAUGUCCUCCUUGAGGGCUGGAUUCUCGAGACCAUCGACCCCUACUCGCACGAGCAGUACGCCAUCCCUUCCACUCGGUGUAUGUAUGUCGGCUCCAUCGAUUAUGGAGGCAACAUUCCUGUUUCGGUCAACAACAUGCUCAACGCUGGAUUACCCCGUGCUCUCCUCACUGUCGAGAACUCACUCAAGGCCCAGGGCCCACCGUCGCGCUCACGAUGGCCGCCCAUGUCCGUCACGAUCCCCGAUCCGGCGUCGCAGGGCCCAUGGAGUCUGGAGGGCACAGAGUCGUACAAGGUCCCCGUUGACCAGAUCAACAAUGGUGACGAUUUUGUCAUGACGGUGACAGUCCAGCCUCCGUCGUCCAGCUCAAAGGACACCGAGUCUCUUCGGCCCUCGUUGAACCACAGCGACAGUCGCAACACGAUCAACUCAACACGUUCACAAAUGUUUGAGCUAGCCGAGGAUAUUCGUCGUGGCCGCCGUGACCUCAUCGUCGCGGACAUUGAGGUCGGUGCCGAGUUCAUCAAGGGUGGCUGUGAGGUUGCCAUCCGUGCCGUCUCCCUGCCCGAGGCUUACCACGGCGACGGUGGUGACGCUUCCAUCCUGCCCCUCGACUUUGCGGGCGACAAGCUCCGCAUGCCGUUCAAGUGCAGUGUCAUCUCACUUGCGCCGUCUCUGCUCCAGUCUGCUGCGCUCGACCCUACCACAUCCACGCGCCAUCUCCUCCGCUUCAGCCUCCCAACUUCAGGCUACGAGGCUCCGGUCAACGACCCCCUCACUGGCAAGGCCGCUCCCCUCCCGCGGCCCCGUUGGCUCCUAGACCUCAUCAAUGACGGUGCCGUUGUGCAGAUUCGCCUCGUUCCCCGUCGUCAGGAGCCCGCUGCGUAUAUGUUUGAGGGUGUUGAGGUGCCCAUCGAGGAUGAGCGCAAGCUCCCGACGCGUCAACUCAGCCUCACCAAGGAGCCGAGCAAGCUGAAACCCCCUCAGCUCGUUGCACGCACGACGCCCAAGGCGACGAGUCUCGAGAAGCCCCUCGCCAUCGCGCGCGAGUAUCUCCCAGAUGAGACUAUUGUGGAGCUCGACGAGGCAGACAAUGAGUCAGACGUCAACUCUGAAGUCUCCAAGACGCCGACCAACGAGCCCGUCGAGCUGCCCCAGGAGACGAACCCAGAGCCUCCUCUCGACCCGAAGCAACCCACGCCGCCUACGCCGAUUGGCCGCUUCAACAACCUGUGGAAGUACACCCCUCUGACGCGGUUCAGUGCGAGCGCACCCGUGUCAAAGGAGAACAGCCCAGUCAAGCUGCCCACUGCGCUUCCCGAGACCAGGUCGGCCGCGGUGUCGGGCAAGGCCUCUGCUUCUGAGGCCACGACUCCUACCCCGGGCACCGCAGUGGCACGUUCCCCCGCGCCCAGUGUGGUGCGGUACCAGGUCCCCCUUCCUGCCGUGAUAAUCGCGUGCAUCAUCUGUCUCCUCGUCGGCUCGCUCUUGCGGUCGCUCCUCGUUGAGGCCGACUUUGUCAUCUACUCCCCCCCGGGCACUCCGGCUCCCGAGGGCGAGAUCUGGCGCGAGCUCAAACGUCUCGGCGAGUGGCGUGUCGGACGGGACCGUGACCUCAUUGUCGCGUUCGCCAGGCGGCGCGGAUAG